UUAAUGAAUAUGAACUGAUUGUCAAAUAUAUAUAGUUUCGAGUAUAUUUGUACUUGAACUAAGCCACACAAAACGAAAACACCCUAAGAAGUAAGAUGACGACUCCGACAGCUGACUGGAAACAGCUUAUAUUUCAGAACUUAAAGGCAAGAAAUAGAAAAGAAACAUAUGAAUUUGCCGAUCUUAUCGACUCACAAAACAAGCUGUUUGAGCAAGUGACUGCCCUCAAGUCUCGCAACAUGCAGCUGACCCUGGAGACAGAGAAGUUGAAGGCAGAAAACCUCAGUCUGCAAGUGAGAGUUGAUUCAGGUGGGCCAGGCAGUGGGGUCCCCAAUGAAAAAGUUCAGCAGCUGGAACAGAAACUCUUCAAACUGCAUGAGGAACUCACAGAGAUGCACAAGAAGAGAGGAGAGAAUGCCCAGCAGAUCAUUGACCUUAAUGCGGCCCUCAAAGAAAAGGAGAAAGAAAUACUUGUAAAGGAUGGAAAGUUGAGUGAUGCACACUCAACUGAACAGACAUUGAAGAAUGAGAUGAAGAAUCUGGAGAGGACAAUCCUGGAACUGGAGGCCACCAAUCAGACGCUGAAAGACGAACACCAGGCUCUGCAGAUGGCCUUCACAUCCUUGGAGGAGAAACACAAGAAACUGAUGAAUGACAAUGACGAGAUCAUGGCCCGCUGGCUGCAACAGAAAAUGGCCCAGGCAGACGCCUUGAAUCGGGAGAACGAUCAGUUUAUGGCACACAAGCAGAGGAUGUUGCAGAAACAGUUGGCAGAGGCUGCACUGGAGCCUGUGACUGUCACAGAGCAGACAUCAGACAUUGCUGGUAUACCCCAGAUUUGCCUCAAUGCUUCCAUACCAACUAAAGCUCAACAAAAAUUAGAUGCUCACGAAGGGGAGGUCAAUGCAGUUCUGUGGUCACCUACGGGUACCAUGUUUGCCACAGGAGGCUCUGACCGUAAAAUCAAACUCUGGGAUUUCAGUUUAGGUCAGUGUCAGUGUAAAGGAUUCCUAGCGGGCAGCAAUGCUGGGAUUACCUCCCUUGAGUACGACAUAGACGAGGCAAACAUUUUAGGGGCCUCAAACGACUAUGCCUGUCGACUGUGGUCUCUUAGCGACCUUAGAUUACGACACACAUUGACAGGUCACAGUGGUAAGGUGCUGUCUGCCAAGUUCCUGGGGGAGAGCAGCAAGGUGGUCUCUGGCAGCCAUGACAGGACACUCAAGAUAUGGGACCUACACACCAAAGCAUGUUCAAAAACUAUAUUUGCCGGGUCAAGUUGCAAUGACCUUGUGACCUUGCAUGGCACUCACAUCAUCAGUGGCCAUUUUGACAAGCGUAUACGCUUCUGGGACACGAGGUCAGAUAACACCAGCAAUGAGAUUGGACUCCAAGGCAGAAUUACCUCCCUUUCUCUGUCCCCAGAUCGAAUGUCAUUACUUGCCUGUACUAGAGAGGACACGUUGAAAGUCAUAGACCUCCGACAGAACCAGGUUAUCAACACACUAUGUGAUGAGAACUUCAAGGUUGCAUCUGAUUGGACGAGAGCAGUGUUCAGUCCUGACGGGACGUACGUGGCGGCAGGGUCGCAGGACGGAACGCUCUUCAUUUGGAACAUCCAGAAAGGCAAAGUGGAAAAAACACUCAAAGAGCAUACGCACUCUAUCCUUGCUUGCUCAUGGCACCCGGCCGGCUCAUUCAUCCUCACCUCAGAGAAACAGAAGAAGGUCAUUCUGUGGGGAGACAUGUAGAGGUCACAGCACUUGGGUCAAGGUCAUCGGUGGUCAGCUUUGUGAUUGCACAGAGCAGCUAUUGCCAAAGAUAAUUGAGGUCAUUACUAUGUAUGUGAUCUCCUAAGAUCAUCUUUGUACACGUGGAGGUCAUAUGAAGUCACGGCAACUUUGCUCAAGGUCUUCUGAGGUCAGCUGCUUGCAUGCACAGGUGACCUAUUUCAAAAGAUCAUGUGAGGUCAGAGAUAUAAAGGAGAGGUUUUUUGAGGUAAUCAGUGCACAUGUAGAAGUUACCGGUGGACAUCAACAUACAUGUAAAGGUCAUCUUAAUAUUUCACCUGAGGCUAUCUCUUUUAUGUUGACAAUUGUUGCAAGUUGCCAGCAAAUAAUUACUGCAAUACAUUAAUAACUUGCAUACAUAGUAUAACUAAGUCAAAUCUACUUCAUUUUCUUUAAUCAAGUUUUAUGUUAAUUUUUGUGCGGAUGGAUACUCGCUAUGUGGCAAUGUAAUUUUAUUAAAAUGUUCAUGGAAUCAAAUUUAAAGUUGACUUUAAUCUGCAAUAAGAAGCUACUGUUAGAAAAAUGUAUGUUAUUGUUGACAAUUAAAUUUGCUUAUUGUGAAUUUAAACAUAAACAUAUUUUGUAAUGGGGAAGAAGUAAUAUUUGAAGCGUGGAAAUGGUUCAAUAUUAUCAUCAGGAUUUUAAAAGAAAAUAUAUCGGUACAUGUAAUACUGUUCUCAGUAUUUUAAAUUAGCUAGCUGAGUUAGUUGAGGGCUGGACUGCAAAAUGGAGGAUAGCGGGUUUGAUCACCAGCCAAUGCCACCUUUUAGUUACUGGCAUAAUUAUGAGCACUCUGUACAAGUAAACCAGCUAUCCUAGAUAAAGUGUGAGUGGUAAACUGACUGCCAGUAUAGUACUACUAGUACAAGUAAAUAGUUUCGAAAAGGGGAAAAGUUCCACAUAAACAAAUUAACUUUGUAAAAGGGGGUAAACUUUGCUUUGUGCAUGCAGAUGGUGCUUGGCAAAGUCAUUUUUUGUAAUUACAUGUCUUAUAUAACCAUAAAUUAUCAGGCAAAUGUUAAACGUGUUUCUUUUAUGGUUUUAUAUAUUUAUAAGUAAUCUGACUUAAAUAAGUGGGGUCUUUUUAAAUAAAACACAAGCAUCUUGAUAGGAAUUCCAUAUUUCCCAGUUUAUGCAUUGAACAGUGGUGAAAUAAGACAACUUGUAUUUGUUAAGUAUCCUAAAUAUUUGUAAUGUUCAAAGUGACAUUUCAGAAAACCCAUUCUAUUUUUAAACACGCACAGGACACCUAUGUUAUGCUAUGUAUUAAUGCGUAUCUUUGCACAUUUGUUUAAUUUUGAGCGAGGCUGUUUUCGGAGAAAACCCGAGCUAUUGUCAUAGCCAGCUCGCCGUCCGCCAUAGACGUCAUGCUCAAACCUUAACAUUGGCCAUAACUUUUUAAAUAUUUAAGAUAGCACCUUUAUAUUUGGCAUGCAUGUGUAUCUCAUGGAGCUGCACAUUUUGAGUCGUAAAAUUUCAAGGUGAACAUCAUCCUUCAAGGUCUAGGGUGCAAAAAACAAAGUAAACGGAAGUAAUAAGCUUUAAAUGGACAUACGUAUCUGACCUGCCCACGUAUAUAUUUUU